AAACAAACUGGCAAGUAAUGCCAUGAAGAACUUUGGAAAAAUACUUUCAUCAUUCAAAACCUGAACGGCACAAAAAAUGGUUCCUAAGUAGUUUGGUCACUCUUCUUAAAUUCACUUCUGAAUGCAUGAUAAACUGGAAAACAGUUCUAAUCCUCACUUAGGCUGAGUUAUGUAUUUGUAAAGCCUCAUUCCUGGAGCUGGAUGCAGCCAGCCUGCUCUGCUGGCAUUUACAGCCAUCAAUGGCACUUUGCAGAUGUGCAUUGUCCCCUCACAGUUACAGCUUGGGAGCUGCAUGGCAGUACUCAUUAAUCUUUGGGAAAAAGAACAGUUUGCAUUGCAUGGGUGCAGUGCUUAAUGUGACCUUCAUUUGUUUAUGCCUGAGGAAACAGCCCUACAGUGCUGAGAUAAGACUGUGGCUUGUUUUGGAAAUAGAAUAAAAUACCUGAGGUAUUAUACCAGCUGCUGCAUUAUUGGCAUUUUGAAAGCAUCCAUCAGAGUGGGCAAAUGUGGGAAGCUGUGGCUUCUGCAGGUCUUUCUUUUGAGCACUGUGCCUGCCCCAGGCUCCACAGGGGUGGCUCUGUGCUCCCAAGAGGCCGGUUAUUCCACGGCGAGAUCCGUUCCCAACAGCCGGCUCGGCGAGAGCCUCGGUGGAGGAAUGGUGACCUCUGCAGGUGCCUCAGUCCCGCAGCCACAUCCCCUCACAGGCUCCCUCCACCACACUCAAGGAGUUCAAAAAAUUCCUGUGCCAUCUAGAAUAACUCUGCUCAGCACUCACACAACAUUUCCCACUGCCAGAGCUCACAACUUUCCCGCGAAGGUGACCAAGGAUUGUCAUCUCUGUUUAGCAUGGGAAGAAUAAUAAUGACAACAUAAAGAUCCCAUUUCCCCAGAAUGAGUAAGGACUGAUUUACUCAAGACACAGAGAGAUCUUCAGGACUUGGUUAAGUCAAAUCUGAAGACUGAAUAAUUUGCAGCUUACAGACUGAGCCAGUGGCAGAUUUGGGAACACCAUUCAGUCCACAUCAAACCAUGCUAUGAGUUAACAAUCAUUAACUAAAUGACAAAAGUUUUGCUAUUCUUGGUGUAGUGCCCUUCUUUGCAUUUCAGAGGAAUUACUAGGCUCUUAAAUUGGCUGUCAAAUUCGCUGACUUGGUAACUGGCUGGCUUUCAAAAUAUAUAUUAAAAGUCUUGCCUUUUCCAGCUAUUCCUUCAAUAAAACUUUUUUUUUCUUUAAUAGAAUAAAUUUUGCGAUCUUACCUAUAAAGUUAAAGUCAACAGCAAAAAAUUAAAAAUCUUAUCAGUCACCUUGUACAUACUAUUAAAGAAAAUACAUGCAAAGGGAGCAGGACCCAGCAGAAAGGGCACUGAACUAAGAAACUGAUGGCAAAAUCUCCCAUUUGCUUAAAUAAGGUCAAGCUUUUGACUUUUCAGCUCAUUUUACCUCCACGUUUUCCCAAACUCUGUAAUCUCAAUUUCUCUCUCAAUUGGUUUCAAAACGUGUGGAUAAUUACUAUUUUAUUUCCUUCUCUUCCAGAGGGAAUUUAAACACCAAUAAGUUAAAUUAAUUACAGCUAGAUCCCAAGGUCCUACAUCCAUAUGGAAGAUUACACAGAUUUGAAGCUCUAAUUAUACUUUCAAUAUUGCACACUGAAUCACAUGCCUUGAUCCACCUCAUGUAAAAGAAUUAACUUCCAGACAGACUCUGGGUUAGAGCAGGAAUGACAAGCUAAAUGGCCUUAAAUAUACCCCUGACUGGAGUUGUAGCUCACAUUAGAAAGGCUGGAUCACUUUUUAUAACCAGGUUUAUUUUUACCUAGCUCUUUAUGCUUUUAUUUCAUUACAUUAUAGGGUUUUCACCUGCAUAGCUGGCAGUGUGCACUCUCUCAUUUCAGAUCAUACAAGGUGUGUGAUCAUGGCAACAGUAACUAUGCUGUGAAUUUUCUUUUGUCAUGUUUAAUUGACUGGUCAUUUAGGAACCAGCUUGGCCAGAGGAACAGAGAAACUCGACUAACAGCUACCUUCUAUUCAAACAUUAGAUUCACAAAAACAUUUUUUUAAUCCCUAAUUAUGAAUUAAAAAUCUGGAAGAAGCUUUCCAAGUGAAAUAUCUUUACACAUCACAGACUUUUGUUUUGUUAUUAAGCUGUACUCGUUGCUAAGGAAGAACAGAGAAGAUCAAAGGACUUCUAACAACCAGAAACUCAAAGGUGAGGGAGUUUUGAUUUCUUUAAAGAUUUAUCACUGAUCUACAAUGGUUGUUAGUUCAUAGUUCUGUGAAAAGACUGAAAUUAUGUGAGCCUGCUUUGCUAUUUCCUAUUUAUUUCCAUCAAACAAUACCUCAAUUCACUUUUUGAUUAGCAACAUGAUCGUGCAGUCAAGCAGCCUGUUUACAAACCCAUACGCAAUUGAAGUCCUAAGGACUAAAAAAGAAGAACUUGUACAAGGCAUAAAUGACCCAGACCAGCUCCUGCACUGGCUGAUAGAAAAUGGUAUUUUUACCCCAGAAAAAAAGCUGGUCCUGAGUUUCUACAGGACACGAACAGCAAAGAACUCUCGGGUGUUAGACAUACUCAUUUCUCAAGGUGAACGAGCCUGCAGGCUCUUUUUUUAUCCAUGUUUAAAGCAAGUGGAGCCAAAACUUUACAGCAAGAUAAGAAAAUACGUCAGUGAAGUAAAUGAAAGCAUUGGAGAUGCCAGAAGACAGUUGGUUGGGUAUUUACUUGAAAAAGAUAAAGUGUGGUUUGAAAACAGCAGCAAACAGCACCAGGGGAAUAAAGACAGACCCGGGGAAAAAAAGCACAAAGGGGCUAUUAAGAAGAAAGGAAAAGUAACUCCACUUUCAAGGGCAACAAAGCCCAGAAAAGAUCCUGCUGCUGUUGACAUCUUUGCUGCAGUAGCUAAAGGCUCCCUUCCUGAGUUAGAGAAAACACUUAAGGACAAUGAUCUCAAUGUGCUAAACCCCUCCGGUGAAACACUUCUGCACGUUGCAGCUGCUCAUGGCCAUCUAUCCAUCAUGGCAUAUUUGCUCAGCAAAGGAGCAAGGACAGGUGUGAAGGACAGGAAAGGGAGAACAGCCCUGCACAGGGCUGCUGAGAAAGGCCAUGGAGGUGCGGUCAAGCUGCUUCUCCGAGGGGGUGCUUCCAUGCACACUCUGGAUAUGGAAGGCAAGACACCGCUCCACUGGGCUGCAGAGAAUCACCACGGGCACAUACUGAAGAUGCUCCUGAAAGAAGAGGCAAGGAGCUGCAGGAAUCAGCACACCUGUUUACACAUGGCAGCUCUUAGAGAUGAGAGCAGCCUGGCCAAAAUGCUUUUAGAGGCUGGUGCCUCCACUGAAGCAAAGGAUGAGAGGGGACAGACUGCUCUCAGUUAUGCUGUUUCUCAGGGAUCUGAAAACACUGCAAAAGUACUUCUAGAAGCUGGAGCCACUGUUGAUUCCAACACGGUUGAAAGAGCUUUCAACAGCGACCACCCAUCCAUCUUCAAAAUACUCCUGGAAUAUUCUAAAGAUUUGUCUGCUGAUAUAAUGGAGUUAGCUCUUUUUAGAGCUGUACAGAAGAAUCUGCACAGCCUUGUAGCAGCUUUAAUUGACAGAGGCACAGAUAUCAAUGCCCACAACAAAAAGCAUUACACUCCUUUGCUGCUGGCCUGUGAAAUGGGCAAAGCGGAGUCAGCAGAAGUUCUAAUGGAAAAAGGGGCAGACUUGGGAAUAAGGACUCCUGCUGCAGACACAGCUUUGCACUUGGCGGUGAGCGCUGGGGCUGCUUCCAUCGCAGGUCUGCUCCUGAGCAAGGGGAUGGACACAAACCUCAGGAACCAAGCCGAGGAAACCCCGCUCCACGUUGCUGCCCUCCGGAAUCAGGGGGCACUCGUUGGCCUUUUAGUGAGCGCUGGGGCCAGAAUUAACGCUGUCACUAAGGACUUUGCUACCCCGCUGCACAUCGCAAGUCAGAGAGGUCACGCUGAUGUUGCCCGACAGCUGCUGCACCACAAAGCUCCCGUUAAUGCUCAGGACAAGCAGGCCAAGUCCCCUUUACAUCUGGCUGCUGAGCAGGGACACAAAACACUGGCAGAGAUGCUCCUGAAGGCCAGAGCUGAUCCCAACGCACAGGACAAGGAGAAGAAGACUCCCCUGCACGCUGCAGCUCUGAGAGGACACCUCAGCAUCGUGGAAUUGCUGUUGGCCAAGAAAGGGAGAGCCGGAGCUAAGGACAUGGAUGGAUGCACCCCGCUGCACUAUGCCACCAUGAAAGGAAACACAGACACCCUGAAACUUCUCCUGGCCUCGGGGAAAAAUAAAAAUGUCAAUGACAGAAACGUUUGGAGGAAGACAGCCCUGCAUAUCGCAGCAGAGUAUGGACAUGGAGAGCUGAUAAAUCUCCUCCUGAGCCACGGGGCUGCCAUCAACGCCUCGGACAGCAGCAGGGACACUGCCCUGCACUGCGCCUGCAGGGCCGGGCACCCCAGCGCUGUCAGUGCCCUCCUCAGCUGGGCACGGGGGGAAAAAGCAAAUUUACUCGCUGUCAACAGCCUCAGAAAAACUCCACUGCAAGUAGCAGAGUUUAAUGAGACAGAACACCAGGCUCAAAUUUUAACACUGUUGAGAAAGAAAAUGUUAAUAACAAAAUGAAGAUGUAACGGAAAAAACUUCACAUUUAAGUGCAGAAUUCUCUUUAAUGUAAUUUGGAUAGUCCUAAUGUGGAACAUGAUUGAGAAUUAUGCUUGAGCUGGCAGAAUUAAGUUAGCAAAGGUGAUCUUGAGCAAAAAGGAUCUUAAAGACACUGUUAAACUCUUAAGUACUGAUUAGUCUUCUGCUUCUCUCAUGAAUCACAUAUUUGGAAUCUAUUUAAAAUGCUCUUGCCUUAUAAACAUUGUGCUUGAACUCUUCUAGUAUAAGUCAAGACAAAGAAAAUAUCUUUUCAUAUAUCUGUGAAUACUACCUAAGUUAGGCAUUGUUUGGCAAAAUCACAAGUUAAAAAAACAUCUAUUAUGAAUAGGAAGAUGUCUGUAUGUCCUCAAGGUAUUCCUGAGACGACAACAAUUAUUAACAAUUAUUUUUCUUUCUAUGUUUUGUCAUACCUUUGUCUAGAUUUUACAUUUUUAAAUAGAGAGAACAAAAACCAUCGCAUUUGCCAUUUAUUAAUUUCACUUUUAUUCCAGCACAAAGAUAAAAUAUGUAGAAUAAAAAGGUUGCAACAGAGUUUCUUGGUUCAAAAUAUUUGUAUUGAGACAACAACACAAAUAUAAACAGAAACACUUUCUGAAUCAACAGAAAGUUCUCUGGGGUUAUUUCCCUAAUAAUGAUAAUCAACCCUUACAUUUCCCUUCAGAUUACGAGCCAAGUUACCACAAACAUUCACACACCUUUUGAGAAACGAAACAUGGAUUUAAGAAUGCAUGAGACUAAGGCUGAUUUUUCAUUAUUGAUAAAGCAACACUUUUGCAAGCUGACCCUUGCAGCACCUGGUGAUGGAACAGACAUGACCACGAACUUGAAGGACAUAGGGGCACACAGCCCGUGUGGGCUCAGAGAGUCACGGAACUAUUUAGGAUGGAAAAGACCUCCAAGAUCACCCAGUCCAACCUGUGAGCAAUCACCACAUUGUCAACCAGAGCACCGAGUACCGCGUCCAGUCUUUUCUUAAACACCUCCAGGGAUGGGGACCCCAUCACCAACCUGGGCAGGGUGUUCUAAUGUUUAAUCACCUCUUCUGUGAAGAAUUUUUUCCCAAUAUCCAAUCUAAACCUCCCUUGGUGCAACCUGAAGCCGUUUCCUCUUGUUCUGUCCCUUGUUCCCUGGGAGCUGAGCCUGAUCCCCCACCCAUCUCACCCUCCUGACAGGGAGAUGUGGAGAGAGAAAAGGUCCCUCCCGAGUCUCCUUUUCUCCAGGCUGAGCCCCCGAGCCACUCCUCACACUUGUGCUGAGGCCCUUCCCUGGCUGCGGACACCUCCAGCACCUCCAUGUCCUUGUCGCAGUGGGGGCCCAGACCCGCACACAUCUCUGAGGGCGCCCCUCAGCAGUGUGUGCUCCAGCCUCCCACCGCCGCCUCUCGCACUCCCCUCAGGCCCCCUCAGCGGUAGCCAUGUCCCAUCAGUCCGUCCAUGCCCCCUCAGCUCUGGGCUAUGUCCCCUUAGUCGGGCCUUAACGCCUCAGCUCCCAGCCAUGUCCCCUCAGUCCGGCCAUGCUCCCCCUGUUCCCGGCCAUGUCCCCUCAGUCCGGCCGCGACCCCCCACUUCCCGGCCACGUCCCCUCGCCGCCCGGCCCUGUCCCUCAGCUCGCCGCCCGGCCCAGCCGCC